UCAGUUGAUUUUUGCUAUGCAUUUGAUUUGGUUGUUUGCUUCGCUUGUGGUCCUGGCGAGUGCUGGGACUUCACAGGAUUCCGAGCAGAAGCGCUACGAUAAUCACAGGGUAUAUGAGCUGAACAUCAGCAAUAAUGUACAACUGAAAAUCAUCAAUAAACUCACUGAACUGAGUCAGAAGUAUGACAUCUGGAAGGAAUACAAUGCGCACACAAAGCAAAUGCAUGUCAUGGUGAAUCCCAGUGAAGAAAAACGUUUUCAGCUAUUUUUGAGAUUGUUUAAUAUCAACAAUGAACUGCUUAUUCCAAAUUUACAAAGUUUGAUCGAUAAUGAAAGUGUGGCUAAUGCAAGAUAUAGCACAACUUUUGGCUGGUCACGGUACAACAGCUUGGCAGAGAUUUACACUUGGCUGGAUGGCAUCCUAGCCGCAUAUCCUGAGGUUACUGAAGGAUCUAUCAUAGGACAAUCCUACGAAGGACGCGAUAUACGUGCCAUAAAGAUCUCCUAUAAAGAAGGCAAUCCGGGAGUUGUCAUUGAAUCUAAUAUACAUGGUUGUGAGUGGAUUACUUCAGCUACGGUUACUUAUUUCAUCAACCAACUGCUGACCUCGGAGGAUGAACAAGUUAGAGCGCUGGCUGAGAAUCACGAUUGGUAUAUUGUGCCGGUGUUGAAUGUGGAUGGUUUUGUCUACAGUCAUGAGAAGGAUCGGCUGUGGCGCAAGAAUCGCCAACCCUCGAACACCUCGAGCUGCGUUGGCGCUGAUCCCAAUCGCAACUACGAUUCCCACUGGAUGGAACAAGGAGGCUCAAGUGAUCCUUGUGCCUCGAACUAUGCGGGAGCUUAUGCUUUCUCCGAACCCGAAAUCAAAGCCAUGUCGGACUACAUCAUAAGCAUCAAGGACAAGUUGAAUAUCUUCCUUGGUUUCCACUCCUACAGUCAGUUGGUGCUUUCACCUUAUGGACACACUGAUCUGGAAUUCCCGGACAACUAUGACGACAUGAUGCAAGUGGCGAAGGCGUAUGCGGAUGCCGUUGAAGCCAUGCCCUAUGGCAGUGUCUAUCAAAUUGGCUCCUCAGCCACUGUACUCUACUUCACCUCGGGCGGUGCCAAGGAAUGGGCCUACAAUGAGAUGGACAUUGAGCUGUCGUAUACCAUCGAGUUUAGGGACACGGGACGUUACGGUUUCAUGUUGCCUCCGGCGUUUAUUCUACCCAACUGCGAGGAGGCAAUGACGGGUCUGUUGGCCAUGAUGGCCGAGAGCGACAAGUUGGGCUAUCUGAAACCCAAAUACGUGCUGUAAAUGCCUGGAAAGUUGUGUUGAGCAAUAAAGCAAUUAAGAUUGC